AUGAUUCCCGCCCCAUCAAAAGUGGACAACUCCGAAUAUACUGUUGGAUGGAUUGCCGCAUUACCACAUGAAAGGGCCGCAGCUCAAGCAAUGCUGGACCGGAAGCAUGCACCGCCCCAGCAGAAACAUGCAAAUGACCACAACACCUACAGCCUGGGCUCCAUCACCGGCUCGAACGGAGAACAUAAUGUCGCUAUCGCCAGCCUCCCGUUCGGCCGAUACGGAACGACCUCCGCCGCUACGGUAGCGACGCAUAUGCUCUCUAGCUUUCCCAACAUUAAGUUCGGACUGAUGGUUGGGAUAGGGGGUGGUAUCCCAAGCGAUGACAAUGACAUCCGGCUAGGCGAUGUUGUGGUGAGCAAACCUGAGGGUACAUUCGGGGGCGUUAGGCAAUACAAUUCCGGAAAAGCUACUACACACGGCUUCGAGGAGCGUGGCCAGCUAAACUCCCCACCACAGGUUCUGCUCAACGCUAUGGGUGCGCUUGUAAGCAAACAUGAAAUGGAAGAGAGCGACAUACCUAGUCUGUUAGAAGCUAUGGGAAAGCAGUAUCCGAAGAUGGUCAGCCAAGCGAAAGAGCCGGGAUAUGUCUACCAGGGUGCAGAAUACGAUCGGCUAUUCGAAGAGGACUAUGCGCAUGAUAGCAGUAAGAAAGACUGUGACGAGUGCGACCCCGCGAAGAUGGUGAAGCGCCAAGAGAGAUACGAUCAAAACCCAUUGAUUCACUAUGGCACUAUUGCUUCUGGCGACGAGGUUAUCAAAGAUGCUCGAAAACGGGGUUUGUUGUCCAAAAACUGCCUCUGCUUCGAAACGGAAGCUGCUGGGUUAAUGAAUAAUUUCCCAUGUCUUGUUAUCCGUGGAAUUUGCGACUACUCUGAUAGUCAUAAGAAUGAUCGGUGGCAAAGGUAUGCGGCUGCUACGGCGGCUGCAUAUGCCAAAGAGCUUCUUCAGAUUACCGAUGUUGCCGAAACCAGAAGCACACCUUGUGCAAGCGAUGUUAUGGAUAAGUUAAAAGAAAUCAAAUCUAUCACAAAAGACAUUGUCCAAGAUCGAAAGCGACAAGAUGUUUUUAGAUGGCUAACUACACUUAAUCCAUCUUCUCGGCAUCUCGAGAGUCAAAAGAGGCGUGUUGAAGGUACAGGCAGAUGGAUGCUUGAGGACCCGAAGUUUGUCCAGUGGUCUUCGGCAACGGCAAAAUGUAAGACACUCUGCUGUUACGGGGCUGCAGGGGCUGGUAAGACAAUUAUCUCCUCUCUUGUGAUUGACCGAUUGAAAGAGCGCUCGGCAGCCACGAAGUCAAGCAUAGGGCUUGCAUACGUGUACUGCGAUUACCGUGACCAGAAGGAACAAUCGCUAGAAAACAUCCUUGGCGCAGUCUUGAAGCAACUACUAGGGCUUCUUCCUGAAAUUCCUGAGACCAUUUUGAAAGUAUACGACGAGCAGGCUGCUCAUCAGAAAUCAUUAAGCUCGGCAGAUGCGGUGGAUCUUCUACACACAACCUGUGCGCAGUUUAGUAAGACAUACGUUUGUCUAGACGCGCUUGAUGAAUUUGGUGAUCUACGGGGUCUUCUAAUCAAAUUGCGUGACAGUCCUUCCUCAAUGCAGAUAUUCUUGACUGGCCGUCAACAUAUCCAGGGUACUGUCCAGGAAUAUUUCAACGAAGAGAAUAUCAUUCCUAUCGAAGCUCGCGAAAACGACAUUCGACUAUUCUGUGAACAUGAAAUUGGUGGAGACAAUGAUCUUGAGCCCGAUGCUAUGGAUGAGGAACUUAGAAAGGUUACUUUGAGAAAAGUUACUAAAUCUGCUGAAGGAGUCUUUCUACUACCUACCUUGCAAAUCCGCGCCGUCCUCCAAGCUACAACAAUCCGUGAUCGUUACGAAGCUCUCGAGACGUUGCCGUCAAAUCUUGACGAGGCCUUUAACGGAACUAUGAGUAGAAUUGAGCAGCAGCCCAGCACUCUAUUCAAAAAGGCGGCAACUAUUCUUGCUUGGAUCCAUCUGGCAGAACGCCCACUUACUGUUAAUGAGCUAUUAUGCUCCCUUUCGAUCAAGGACGGCGACAAAUUUUUUGACCCAAACGGCAUACCUAUCAGAAAAUCUCUACUGAACUGCUGUCAAGGACUGGCUCUGAUUGACCAAGAGACAUCAACUGUCCGGUUAAUCCACUAUUCUCUCGAGGAGUAUCUCAUCCGUCAAGACAAAAUAUUUGGCUACACCAAAGCAGCAUGGCACAGCAGAAUCGCACGUACAUGUCUUACGUUUCUCCAAUUUCCGUCAAGGGGAACUGAAGCCACAAUAUGGGAGAGCGAUGAGACCAUUACACUUUUGUUCUAUGCUGCUAAACAAUGGGGCCACCAUCUUCGAAGGGCUGAUGAUGUGGGGGAGACGCUAUUGGAACUUGCUAAAGAAUAUCUCUACAGCGGGCUAGCAGAUAAUCCCAAACACUUGCACAUCCUGUCAGACGAAUCUAGACUCCAAGGAUGA